UCGCUCUGAACUAACGUCUAUGGCUUUGAAGCGGGAGGGCUCAGCGUCAAUGCUUCCAACAAUGGCCGAGAUUCAAAAACACCGGCAAAGCGACAUCCACCAGCAAGCGGCCAACAGCCACCUGCAACAGACCAAUGCUAGGGCUACCUGAGAGAAGUUACUACUGUGGUUUAGUAUUGGACAGUCUAUGGGUUGAUUAGGUUAGCUAAGCAGAGAACCCUAUAUUGACAAAAGGAGUGUCAGCAGCAAGACUAGGCGCUCUUGGAAUAAAAGAAAAAGAGGCGCCCAAAUCUGUCCCUUCGGUGGACGGGUCCCCUCUCUGCGCUUUGAGCGCCACUCUCGCGGAGCUAUCGCAACAAUGGACUCAGGUCUCCACGGGGAGCUCACUCUGUGUGCCACAUCUCAGUGGGUCAGUGGUGGAUAUGCCUCGUAACGUGUGUUCUUUCCCAUGUUAACAUCGUUCUCUGGUAGUGUUUCCUUCACUCGCGUUUGUUAGGUCCAGAGGAAUAGGACUGAAUAUGCCUGGACGGAACAGGUACAAUCUGGUGGACGAUGUCGCGGAUUCGCGGGUCCCCCUCCAUAACGAAGAAGCGUAUCAACACGGGAUACAUUUUCAAGCUAAGUAUGUGGGCAGUCUGGAUGUUCCCAGGCCCAACAGUCGUAUGGAGAUCGUAGCAGCCAUGAGGAGGAUCAGGUAUGAGUUCAAGGCCAAGAACAUCAAGAAGAAAAAAGUGAGCAUCAUCGUGUCUGUGGACGGAGUCAAGGUAGUCCUCCGGAAGAAACAGAAGAGGAAAGAGUGGACCUGGGACGAGAGCAAGAUGCUGAUCAUGUCUGACCCCAUAUACAGGAUUUUCUACGUGUCCCAUGACUCCCAGGACCUGAAGAUCUUCAGCUACAUCGCCAGAGAUGGCUCCAACAACUCCUUCAGGUGUAACGUCUUCAAAUCCAAGAAGAAGACCCAGGCCAUGCGUAUAGUGCGUACGGUGGGCCAGGCGUUUGAGGUGUGUCAUAAGCUUAGUCUGCAGCACGCCCAUCAGGGUAUAGAUGGACAGGCAGACGGAGAGAGUGACAAGUCCACAGAGGACAGCCCCGCUGAGGGUCAUCAGUUGACAGGGGCGGAGGAGGAGGAGGAUGGGUGUGGAGAGGAAGGGGAGCCCCAGGCACAGUCCCAGUCUGUGUGUGAGCAGGCGGUCAACGAGAUCCUCCAGAGUCUGGCCCAACUUAACGUGAUCCAACCUGGACACACCAUCAUGGACUACGAGAGCCGCUCCAGCUACAUGGUGUCUCCGAAUGGCGUGGUUUCUCCCAGCAGCCCCUGCUCUCCGCUUCUGACCCCGCUGGCGGCGCAUCACUACCUCCAGCUCCUCCAACAGCAGAUCCAACAGCAGCAGCAACACACGCAGGUGGCCGUCGCACAGGUGCAGCUCCUGAAGGAUCAGAUGUCAGUGGAGACCGCAGCUCGUGUAGAGGCUCAGGCCCGUGUCCACCAGCUGCUACUACAGAACAGAGACCUGCUCCAGCACCUGUCCCUGCUGGUCACACAGCUCAAACACCUGGAGAGCAAGGCACCGGGACCGGGGGAGAGACACACAGCUGGACUGGGACCGGGGAGAGACAGGGUCACAAUGAUCAGGAGUCGUCAUGGAUGACCAGGUCUCUGUCACUCAACCUGAAAAACCAUUACAGCUUGAGCAGCAUGGACCAGCCCAUCACCUCCACCCCUGCAGGGC